AUUGGACGCACUCGACGGGAGAAGAAGUUCGUGGUCACGGUGUGAACAGCUCCUACACGACAAAUUAUUGUACUCAAUGAGUCACACACAUGUGUGGUUGGUUUGAAGAGAACGGUUUUCGUCGUCGUCGUCGCCUGCCACGUUGACAGGAUAAAUGUCGGGGAAACCCCAGUUUUAUUCUCGCGAGUUCACGUGCCGUACUAGUACUGGAGCCAGUCGCAACAGCGGCCCGACUGGCCUUUGGCGCUCACGAUCGUGAGCUUGGAGAGCAUGGCCCAACUUAAUUGGAGCCUCAUGAGGACACCAAUGCGUCAGACGUCUCCAAUCUUCUAUCACGGGGAAUUUUCGGACCGUGAAAUCGAAAUUUAAAGGUCUUUCGGCCAGCCCAAAUCGAUCCCAUCGUUACUCUGAUACUCCCACUUCAUUUUGUGCUCACCAGUCAUGGCCUCAAUUGUUUUGAAGAGAACUCAACAGAAGAUGCCCGUGGUUGGCUUCGGGCUCUGGAAGGUAACAAAGUCCACAUGCGCUGACACUGUAUACAACGCGAUAAAAGCGGGCUACCGUCUUCUUGAUGGUGCCGGUGACUACGGAAACGAGAAAGAGGCAGGUGAUGGUGUGCGCCGGGCUAUCGCGGACGGCCUCGUCAAGCGGGAGGACCUAUUCAUUACGUCCAAGCUAUGGAACACUUUCCAUGCUCAUGAUCAUGUUAAACAAAUCACCAAGAUGCAACUUAAACUCUGGGGAAUUGACUACUUCGACUUGUUCCUCGUCCACUUCCCCGUCGCACUGAAGUAUGUCGAUCCCAGCCACCGCUAUCCCCCGGAGUGGUUCGGUGAUGAUGGCAAGGUCUACACUCAAAACACCCCGAUGCACGAGACUUGGGGUGCAAUGGAGGAGCUCGUUGAUGAGAAGCUGGCGAAAAAUAUUGGCCUGAGUAACUGCCAGGGGUCUUUAAUCCUCGACGUUCUCCGUUAUGCCAAGUACGAGCCCCAGGUAUUGCAGGUUGAGCUGCACCCAUACCUCGCCCAAGAAGCCCUUGUCAAACUUUGCAAGACGUUCAGCAUUGCCGUGACUGCCUACUCGUCGUUUGGGCCCCAAUCCUACGUCGAACUUGGUGUUGAUAAAGGUGCUCCUUCGCUCCUCAAACACGACGUGACCUCCGCUGCAGCCAAGACGCACGGAAAAACCGAAGCUCAGGUUUUGCUGCGUUGGGCUACGCAGAGAGGGAUUGCUGUCAUUCCAAAGUCCAAUGAUCUUGGCAGAUUGUCUGCAAACUUGGACUGCAACUCUUUCGACCUCUCGGAAUCCGAGCUUGCAGCCUUGAGUGCACUGAAUAUUAACCUCAGGUUGAAUGACCCCGCUGACAUCGAUGGUCGCUUGGCCAUCUUCGCAUAGGGGUGUGAUGGAUAGAAGUGUAGAACAAGUGUAGAAUGCUCGAGAACUGAGAAGACGGAUCAUACUACAUGGAUGGUGACCUUGUAAUUCGCUUGCUG